CUCCGACCAGUCCAACAUCGAGAACCACUGCCCUUCUGCCACUGCUAGAGGCACUGCCCUUUUGCCUCACCACAAUCAUCAAGGAGGUCGCGAUUGGGCUCUAUCUUGCUGCAGCAGAUUGGGCCUUCAGAGCGUUGUCGACUCCGCUUCCCCCGUCCGUCCAUAUCUCGCAUCCACCGUCCGUCGCCACAGCUUCCCCCAUCCGUCGCACCAGCUUCCCCCGCCCAUCGCCCUCGCUUCCCCCGCCCAUCGCCCUCGCUUUCCCCUCCCGUCGCCCUCGCUUUCCCCUCCCGUCGCCCUCGCUUCCCCCUCCCGUCGCCCUCGCUUCCCCCUCCCGUCGCCCUCGCUUCCCCCUCCCGUCGACCUCCCAUCCCCCUCCCGUCCCCCUCCCGUCCCCCUCCCGUCCCCCUCCCGUCCCCCGCCAAUCGCCCUCCCGUCCCCCUCCCAUCGCCCUCCCGUCGCCCUCCCAUCCCCCUCCCAUCCCCCUCCCAUCCCCCUCCCAUCCCCCUCCCAUCCCCCUCUCAUCCCCCUCUCAUCCUCCUCCCAUCCCCCUCCCAUCCGCCUCCCAUCCCCCUCCCAUCCCCCUCCCAUCCCCCUCCCAUCUCCCUCCCAUCCCCCUUCCAUCCCCCUCCCAUCGCCCUCCCAUCCCCCUCCCGCCGCCCUCCCAUCCCCCUCCCCUCCCCCUCCCAACCCCCUCCCACCCCCCUCUCAUCCCCCUCCCAUCCCCCUCCCAUCCCCCUCCCAUCCCCCUCCCAUCCCCCUCCCAUCCCCCUCCCAUCCCCCUCCCAUCCCCCUCCCAUCCUCCUCCCAUCCCCCUCCCAUCCUCCUCCCAUCCCCCUUCCAUCCCCCUCCCAUCGCCCUCCCAUCCCCCUCCCGCCGCCCUCCCAUCCCCCUCCCAUCCCCCUCCCAACCCCCUCCCACCCCCCUCUCAUCCCCCUCCCAUCCCCCUCCCAUCCCCCUCCCAUCCCCCUCCCAUCCCCCUCCCAUCCCCCUCCCAUCCCCAUCCCAUCCCCCUCCCAUCCCCCUCCCAUCCCCCUCCCAUCCCCCUCCCAUCCCCCUCCCACCCCCCGUCCAUCCUCCUCCCAUCCCCCUCCCAUCCCCCUCCCAUCCCCCUCCCAUCCCCCCUCCCAUCUCCCUCCCAUCCCCCUCCCAUCCCCCUCCCAUCCCCCUCCCGCCCCCAUCCCAUCCCCCUCCCACCCCCCUCUCAUCCCCCUCCCACCCCCCUCUCAUCCCCAUCCCAUCCCCCCUCCCAUCCCCCUCCCAUCCCCCUUCCAUCUCCCUCCCAUCGCCCUCCCAUCCCCCUCCCAUCCCCCUCCCAUCGCUCUCCCAUCCCCCUCCCAUUCAUUCUGCUCAUCUUUCCGUCCUUAUUUUCCUGGGUCAAUCUGUUUCCCCUGCUCAUUCUCUCCCGCUCACUGUGUUUCUCCUGCCCAUACUCUCCCCAACUACUCGCUCUGUCCCAGGCCCCCAACACCACAGGCCAAGGUUGCAUGCAGUGUAG